CCAUGGAAGAAAACGAUCCGGAACGUCACCUGCGUGCCCUCUACCAGGUGGUGGGGGUAUCCUCCGUGAUAGGCAAUGUAGCCCAGCUGGUGAAGCGCCGUCGCGGAAGUCCUCCGAAGAUUACCAAAGAACAAGAGCUGCAGCAACAUCUGGACCGGGCCAAGGACGCUCGGGCCGGGCGGUUGAACGUUAUUGGACCAAAGCAUCGGUUCAUACUGGAUGGAGCUGCCCAUGUAUUAAACCAGGAUCAGGAAUUGCUGGUCGACUGCACUGCCGACAAGGAUGAAUAUGUGCAGCUCAUGGAGCGGCUGUUCGAACCGGACGGGAUCAAAGGGCUGCUGGUGUACUACGGAAUGUAUCCGGUUCCAGCAUUGAACUCCGGCCGAUACAAUCCCAAGCAGAAGCGACAAAAGUUGAUGCAGGCGUUGAUUACGGAUGGAACGGACGAGAAGGUAACGGAGGUUUGCGUUGCAGCCUAUAGGCACAACGAAACGAAAGGCGUCGAUGUGAAAAAUCUAGGGGAGGAAGUAUUUUUGAAUGCGAUUUCCAUUCCUGAGGGCUGUUCGAUCAUUUUUACGCUCACAUCAUUGUUGGAAAAUGUGAACAAACCGUCUCUGGAAAGCAUGAAGGAUUACGGAUUUUGCACGGAUCUCCAGAAGAGUUACUUCUUUCAUGGCGUUGAAACGUUCAUCAAGUUUCUGAAAAGCACCGAAAAGGAUAUUUCCGAGCGAAUCAUGUUCGAAGUUGAUCACAAUCUGUACAAGGGCUUCCUGUUGACGGCGGUUCAGGUCGAGGAAACGUCUCGAGAUCGGGAUAAGGUUUACGCUGCGGAACGUGCCUUUGCGUGGUGGAUGCGACAGAUACAGUUCGCCUUGACUCAAGGUGAACAGAUACGGCGGGACCCGUACGAUGUGGGACCGUUGCACGAGUUGGAGUACUGGCGAAGCAUGUUGACCAAGUAUACGUCAAUAGCGGAGUUUAUCGAAUCCAGGCCGUUUGUAAGCUAUUACACUUGCUUAAAGCUAUCGCGCUCGAAGUUGUUGAAGAAGUGGCGACUAAUGGACAAUGAAAUCACCGAUAAGCUGAACGAGUCCCGAAACAAUGUACGGUAUAUAAGCUCGAUUGAGCGAUUUUGGGAUCCGCUGUAUCGCUGUGAACCGGAAGAGGUUGCCGGUACGAUAUCGAGCUUGUUGACCACCAUCAGACAGGUGUACAAGACUUCCAUUUUUUAUAACACAUCUGAUAGAAUCACCGGGCUGUUGUCGAAGGUGACCAAUCAGAUCAUUAUGAAUUGUCAGCAGUACAUGACUUGCCGGCGAAAGAGCACGAUCUACGAACAGAAGAAGGAAGAUAUCAUUGCUAAGAUUAAGGUUUGCAAAAACCUGGAUAUGUCCUACCGGUUCUAUUACUACAAGACGGUAAAUGACAUGGAGGAAAGUUCGGAUGAGACCCCAUGGGAAUGCUCCGAUAUGUACAUUUUUGGAAAGAUGGACACCUUCAACGUACGACUGGAUAAGAUCCAGAACAUCAUGGAGCUAUACCUGAAGUACCAGAUCAUCGAUCGCAUUGGAAUCGCAGGAACGGGUACGUUUUCCAACCAAAUCCAGAAAGCUUACCAAGUAAUUGCUGCGAAAUCCUAUGAUCCUUUGGUCCAUCGACAGCACCAGUUUGACGAAGACUACGAAGUCUUCCUGAAGGAAGUAGAAGCAGCCGAAAUCGGACUGCAGCGAUUUGUUAAAGAGAUGCUUGCAGGAGUUCCAACCAUCGAAAACCGUUUGUUGAUGUUGAAUCGCUUCGAGAAGCUCCAGUUGGAAUGUCUGUGUCUAGAUCGUCGAUAUUUGGAUGUAGCUGUGAUGCUCGAGAACCAGAUAUUCGAAAUCAAAGAUUAUUACAACGAAAAUCGUGCAAAUCCUCCGAUUGUGUGGUGCGUUCCGAACAGCGUGGGCCGAAUUAUGUGGGCACGGUUCAUGUCUCGAAAGAUGGACGAUCCGAUCAAGGUUCUCAAGACUCGUAGUUGCGUUAUCGAUAAUAGGAAGGCACAGCUCUGCGUCAAGUAUUACAACUACCUGAGCGAAGUGCUGCUGCAUUAUGAAAUGUUGCACCAUCGAGCUUGGUGGGAUUAUGUAGAGCAAGCUCGAUCAAGGCUGGAAUCUCCGAUCUACAGGAAAAACGUUGACACCAACUGGUUGGAGGUCAACUUUCAUCCGUUCUUACGACAGGUGAUCAAAGAGGCAGAAACAGUGCUUAAAUGGGGUCUCGCCGCUCCAGACUUUGCCGUACUGUUGGUUCUUCAGAAGGAAAAUCUGUACAACGCCUUCGAACGAGUGAAGGAUCUGUUGAGACGCAACAACGAAGUCAGGCUGAACAUCCCAAUGAUUUUCCUACCGUUGAUGAGGACAAUGCUGAUCAAAUUGGAACAUGUGUUUCUAGCUGGAUUAACGGAGGUCACGUGGAUGUCGAUGAACUUGAAAGAUUACAUGAAUGAGGUCGAUCAGGUUCUUACCAAGGUUGAACAAUUCGUCAAGGAAGUGAACGACAUCCGCGAGGCGCGGAUCGAGGAUAUCCUCCAUUCGUUCGCGAAUACCGAUCUGAUCGUGCUGCCCCAGGACGCUGUUAGGGCUGAGCAUUUUGCAGAUAUGAACGUUAAAUACAGGCAAACUAUUGAGAAAUACUUGGAAAAGAAAUCCCAAGCAAUGGAGAAGGCUACGAUUGAGCUGAUCGAUAAGUUUGUUGAACAUAUCGAAGUGGCGGAUUACGACGAGAAGGGCAACCGAAAGUUUCAGCUUCCGUUGGAUCAGAUAAAUGACGACAACAGACGACGAGAGGAAGCGUUGCCCAUCGAUAAGUACGACUGGAUCAGUUUCAAUAAGAUUUACAAAGCCCUAGCAUAUCCUUCUCUGGAGACGCACCGGAAAGCAUUGUUUCAAGAUUAUUCAGGAUUGAACUACGACGUAACGCUGCUUCAUAUUGAUUGCAUGGAGUUGUUUGCGUACUUCAACCAUCGGAUCAUAUCGAUCUUCGUAAGGAUGGUUAAGACUUCUCUGGAGAAAUUGCGGGCUCGGAUAAAGUUGCUUAACCUCCAAUUGAACAAAGCCGCCACCCUACGAGACAUCAAUCCGCUGUUGGUGACGGAGAUGGAACUCGAACCGGACGAGUGCGUCAUUCGGCCAUCGCUCGAAGAAAUACAGGCCAACUUCCAGCGAGUGAUCAUGAACGUGGUGGAAACGUUCUACGCUGUGUCGACCUGGGGUAGACAGGCAAAGACCGAGGAGCGUAAACUGCGUAGACCGGUGCUGGAGGAGAUCCGUCACGAGCGGACCUGGUUCAGAGCGGUUUCCGAACACAAGGAAGUGUCGAGAUUCAUUCACGAGUUUGACGGUGGUCUGUUGCUCGUUCAACCGGAUAUUGAACACGAACUUCACAUCAUGUACGAUCGGUACGAAUACAUGUGGAAGAACGAUCUGUUUGAGGUUCCACUUGAGCAGAAACCUGCCGUGUUCGAACGGAUUCAAUUGGAUUUGGAUAGAAUCGAGUUCCUCACUCACAUUGGGCCUAUUCUGAUUCGAUCGGAGCAUGUGAUCAAAGCUGUGUUGCUGAAACUGCUGGAGUACUACAAUAAGCGGGUGUCGGAGAUUCACAACUUUAUUACCGAGCACGACGGGGUUUUGAGUCGAACUCUCAAGGACUUAGAUGACAUAAAAAUGGCGAUGGAGUGUCUGCAAAUAGUACAGGACAACUUCACAUUCAUCGACGUAGACCUUGGAUUCAUAGAAGCCACGUACAACACACUGGCGGAAUUCGAUUUGGGAAUCACCACAGAUGACAAAGAACAUGUUUACGGAUUACGGGAAAGCUUCAAGACGAUGGCAAAGAAAGUCGAAGAGGUAGAGAAUGACAUCAUUGCUCUUCAGGUGCCACUACAGCGAGAACUAGCCGAAGGAGUGGCACAGUUCGUGGAAGAAAUUAACGACUUUGACCAGGAAUUCGAAACCAAAGGUCCAAUGGAGGAAGGCAUCUCCGCGAAGGAAGCUAGCGAUCGCGUAUUGAUGUUCCAGGGACGAUUCGAAGAACUGUGGCGAAGAUUUGAGAUGUAUGCAGGCGGUGAAGCAUUCCUCGGUCUCAAGGUCAACGACUAUCCCAUUUUGCACAAACGCAAGAAGGAAUUCAACUUACUGAACAAGCUAUACUCAUUGUAUCUGCAAGUCAUGCGAAGUAUCGACGAGUACUAUGAGACUCCGUGGGAAGAUGUGGACAUUGAGAAGAUCAAUACGGAGUUGACAGACUUCCAGAAUCGCUGCCGAAAGCUUCCAAAGGCAAUGAAGGACUGGCUGGCGUAUAUUGAUCUGAAGAAGAAGAUUGACGACUUCAACGACAGUUGCCCACUGCUGGAGUUGAUGUGUAACGAAGCUAUGAAGGAUCGUCACUGGGAAAAGUUGGAGAACCUUUUGGGAUGUAAAUUUGAAGUAAAUUCACCUGACUUUAUCGUCGGUCAAGUGAUGGAGGCUCCUCUGCUGGAUAACAAGGAUGACAUCGAAGAUAUUUGUAUCGGAGCGGUAAAGGAGAACGACAUCGACACCAAAUUACGGCAAAUUGUUGCUGAGUGGUCGGUGGUCAGCUUGCAGUUUGCAAACUUCAAGAACCGCGGUGAACUGCUGAUCAAACCGACCGAAACUAUCGAGAUUAUUUCGUUGCUGGAAGACAGCAUCAUGAUUGUAAAUUCGCUAGCAUCGAAUCGAUUCAACGCCCACUUCAAAAAGGAUAUUAUGCGUUGGUUGCACAAAUUGGUCAAUACGGGAGAAAUUCUGGAGAAGUGGUUGCAGGUCCAGAACUUGUGGAUCUAUCUGGAAGCGGUGUUCGUUGGUGGUGACAUCUCGAAGCAGUUGCCUCAGGAUGCGAAGCGGUUUGCAGGAAUCGAUAAAACUUGGGUGCGAAUCAUGUUCCGUGCCAGAGAUAACUCGAAUGCCGUUGAGUGUUGUACUGGAGAGGACACAAUGGCGAGUACCUUGACAGCUUUGCUCGAGCAACUGGAGUCAUGCCAGAAAUCGUUGACUGGAUAUCUGGAAUCAAAACGGCUGAUAUUUCCUCGAUUUUUCUUCAUUUCGGAUCCUGUGCUGUUGGAAAUCCUUGGUCAGAGUUCGGAUCCAACUUCGAUACAGGGUCAUCUGUUGAGUAUAUUCGAUGCCGUUGCCAAAGUGGAGUUUGAAGAGAAAUCGAUUGGCAAGAUUAUAUCGUUGCUUUCGGAUAAUAACGAGAAGGUUACGCUGGGAAGGCCUGUGUUGUGCACCGGUGGAGUUGAACUUUGGUUGAAUCGCUUACUAGUGGAAAUGCAAGACACUAUUCGAGAUAUCCUGGCGAAUAUGGCGCAAAACUUAAAGGACCCGGAAUUUGAGUUCAUCACAGGAUUUCAAAGCUACUGUGGUCAAGCUGGAUUGGUUGGGGUGCAAUUGCUGUGGACCCGGGAUGCGGAAAUCGCCCUGCGCAACUGUCGCACAGAUAAGAACAUCAUGCGAAAGACGAAUCAACGGUUUUUGGAUCUGCUGAACAGCUUGAUUGAGUUGACGGUGAAGGACUUGACAAAACUGGAGCGAAUUCGAUUCGAGACCAUGGUGACCAUACAUGUCCACCAGAGGGAUAUAUUUGAUGACUUGGUGAGGUUAAAGAUUCGGACGGCUCUUGAUUUCGAGUGGCAGAAACAGGCCCGGUUCUAUUACAUUGAGGAUACAGAUGAUGUGAUUGUGAAGAUUACGGACGUGGAUUUCAUCUACCAGAACGAGUACCUGGGAGUAACGGAACGGUUGGCUAUUACUCCCUUAACGGAUCGGUGCUACAUUACUCUAGCGCAGGCAAUUGGGAUGUCUAUGGGGGGCGCCCCAGCUGGUCCUGCGGGGACUGGUAAGACUGAGACUACGAAGGACAUGGGCAGGGCACUAGGAAAAUUGGUCGUUGUGUUCAACUGCUCCGAUCAGAUGGACUUCAGGGGCUUAGGUCGAAUCUAUAAAGGUUUGGCACAAUCCGGAUCGUGGGGCUGCUUCGAUGAGUUCAACCGAAUUGAGCUUCCCGUGUUGUCAGUAGCCGCUCAGCAGAUUUACAUUGUCUUGACUGCCCGCAAAGAGAGAAAGAAGGAGUUUGUAUUCAGCGAUGGCGAUACUGUAUCGCUGAAUCCGGAGUUUGGCUUGUUCAUUACAAUGAAUCCAGGUUAUGCGGGUCGACAGGAACUACCCGAGAAUUUGAAAAUCAUGUUCAGAUCCGUUGCUAUGAUGGUCCCCGAUCGACAGAUCAUCAUGCGCGUCAAGCUUGCCAGUUGCGGUUUCAAAGACAACGUUAUUUUGGCUAGGAAAUUCUUCACGCUGUAUAAACUUUGCGAAGAACAGCUGUCCAAGCAAGUGCAUUAUGAUUUCGGUUUGCGAAACAUCCUAUCCGUGCUACGAACUUUGGGAGCGCAGAAGCGGGCCAACCCCAGCGAUACGGAGGAUACCAUUGUGAUGAGGGUCUUGCGUGAUAUGAACGUAUCCAAGCUGGUGGACGAAGACGAACCGCUGUUCAUCUCGUUGAUUGAAGAUCUUUUCCCUGGUAUCAAGCUGAGCACUUCGACCUACAAGGAUCUGCAGAGGGCGAUUGCUAACAGUGCGGAGUCACUUGGUUUGAUCAAUCACCCAGAGUGGAAUUUGAAGGUUAUUCAGCUGUAUGAAACUUCCCUGGUGCGACACGGUUUGAUGACCUUGGGUCCAACAGGUGCGGGAAAGACUCGUUGUAUUCACACGUUGCUGAAGAGCUUCACCGAGCUAGGAAUGCCGCAUAAGGAGAUUCGGAUGAAUCCGAAAGCCAUUACGGCACCUCAGAUGUUUGGUCGCUUGGACGUAGCUACGAACGACUGGACGGAUGGAAUUUUCUCGACCCUUUGGAGACGAACUCUCAAGAUUAAGAAGACGGAUUUUGUAUGGCUGGUAUUAGACGGACCGGUAGAUGCUGUGUGGAUUGAGAAUUUGAACUCUGUGCUGGAUGACAACAAGACGUUGACCCUAGCAAACGGUGACCGCAUAACGAUGGCUCCCAAUGCAAAGCUAGUUUUCGAACCGGACAACGUAGACAAUGCAUCACCUGCUACGGUCAGCCGAAUGGGCAUGGUGUUUAUGAGCGCUUCGGUUCUGAAAUGGGAACCGAUCUUGAACGGAUGGUUGAAGACAAAGCCGAUGGAUGUCGCUGAUACGCUGCGGAAGUUUUUCCAUAAAAUCUACGAUGAUCUUCACAUCUUUGUACAAUCAAAACUUGCAGCCAAGAUGAAGAUCCUGGAGGCGAUCUACAUAAGACAAUGCUGUGAUAUCUUGGAAGGUUUAAUUGCACCCAAGGACGAAGGUGUUGCGAUUGAGUUUGCAGAUAAGCAUCUGGAACGCCUGUUUCUGUUUUCUGUUAUGUGGUCGUUGGGAGCCGUGCUUGAGCUAGAAGAUCGUGAAACGAUGGGAGAAUUCAUAGCGAAACACCCAUCAAAGAUGAAAUGGCCAAAGAUUCAGCCAGGGGAAACUAUUUUCGAAUACGUUGUAUCUCAGAACGGAUCCUGGGAGCACUGGAAUAAUCGAGUUGAGGAAUACAUCUACCCAAGUGAUAGCAUUCCGGAGUUUGCGAGCAUUCUGGUACCGAACGUAGACAACGUACGGACGGCUUAUUUGAUCGAUCUUAUUGCAAAGCAAUCCAAAGCCGUUUUAUUGAUAGGUGAACAAGGAACCGGUAAAACGGUAAUGAUCCAGGGUUACAUGCUCAACUAUGAUCCGGAAUACCAUCUGUCGAAGAGUUUCAACUUUUCAUCGGCUACAACUCCAAACAUGUUCCAGCGAAUCGUAGAGUCCUACGUUGAGAAGCGGGUGGGAACGACCUACGGACCUCCAGGUCAGCGCAAGAUGUCAAUCUUUAUCGACGACAUCAACAUGCCAGUCGUCAACGAAUGGGGCGAUCAGGUGACCAACGAAAUCGUUCGACAAGUGAUGGAGAAUACCGGAUUCUAUUCCCUGGACAAACCAGGAGACUUUUCGACCAUUCUGGACAUUCAACUAAUGGCAGCUAUGAUUCAUCCCGGUGGAGGUCGAAAUGAUAUUCCUCCGCGGUUGAAACGGCAGUUUUGUGUGUUCAACUGCGCGAUUCCAAGCAACACAUCGAUGGAUAAGAUUUUCGGAGUUCUUGGUGAAGGUUAUUUCUGUGAGUCACGAUUCAAUGUGACGAUAGUGAACUUCGUGCCGAAAUUAGUUCCGCUGACUCGGAAACUAUGGCAAGCAACUAAGAUCAAGAUGCUACCGACUCCGGCAAAGUUCCACUAUGUGUUCAAUCUGCGAGACCUAUCUCGUAUUUGGCAGGGUAUGUUGACGAUCCAGGGCGAAGAGUGUCAAACGAUUCAGACAGUGCUGAAUCUGUGGUGCCACGAAUGUACUCGCGCAAUCGCUGAUCGGUUCACAAGCAUUGCGGAUCGUGAUUGGUUUGUGGAUACGAUGCGUCGACUGGCUGAGGAAUCGCUUGACGAAGACGAAAUGCUGAACUACGAGCGGACGGAGACCUUCUUUGUGGACUUUUUGCGAGAUGCUCCGGAUCCAACGGGGGAGGAAGGUGAAGAUGUGAGCUUGGAGCCCCCGAAAUUGUACGAGGAGAUUCCUGGUUUUGAAGAGACCACGGCUCGAGUGAAGAUGUUUAUGGAACAGUUUAACGAGCAGGUCCGGGGGGCAAAGAUGGAUCUGGUGUUCUUCCGUGAUGCGUUGAUACAUUUGAUGAUUAUCUCCAGAAUUAUAAGGACUCCGCGAGGGAACGCUCUGUUGGUGGGAGUUGGAGGGUCCGGCAAACAGAGUUUAACCAAGCUGGCUUCGUUCAUCGCCGGAUACAAGUACUACCAAAUUACGUUGACCAGGGCUUACAAUAUCAACAACUUGAUGGACGAUCUGCGCUACUUGUAUCGAGUGGCUGGUUUGGAAGGUCAGGGAAUUACGUUUAUCUUCACCGAUAAUGACAUUAAGGACGAAGGAUUCCUGGAAUACAUCAAUAAUGUGCUCAGUUCUGGUGAAAUUGCGAAUCUUUUCCCGAAGGAUGAUCUGGAUCAAAUAAUGAACGACCUGAUCCCGAUCAUGAAGAAGGUGGAUCCGAAGCGCAUUCCAACUCAGGAUAACCUGUAUGAUUUCUUCAUAUCUCGAGCGCGGGCGAAUCUACACAUUGUAUUAUGCUUUUCACCGGUGGGUGAGAAGUUCCGAAAUCGAUCGUUGAAAUUCCCCGGCCUGAUAUCCGGGUGUACCAUUGAUUGGUUCCAGCGCUGGCCAGAGGAUGCUUUGAUAGCCGUUUCGAAUCACUUCCUCAAAGACUACAGUAUCGUGUGCAAGCCCGAAGUCAAGAAAGAGCUGAUCGAGAUUAUGGCCUUCGUGCAGGAUAAAGUGGCGGAAGUUUGUGUCGAAUACUACGAGCGAUUCCGAAGGCAGGCUCAUGUAACGCCCAAGUCUUUCCUGUCGUUUUUGGAAGGGUACAAAGUUAUUUAUAGGGAGAAGCAUGACAACAUUGAAGUGCUGGCCAGCAGAAUGCAGACCGGUAUGGUAAAGUUGAUUGAAGCAGCUGAAUCCGUUGACAAACUGCGUGUUGAACUGGAGGAAAAGGAAAAGGACAUCAUCGUAGCUACGGAAGCGGCCGAAAUUGUGUUGGCAUCGGUUAUGGCGUCACAGCAAGAUGCAGAGAUUGUGAAAACAAAAGUGUUGGCUGUGAAGGAACAGGCAGAUGCUUUGGUGGUACAAAUUAACAUCGACAAGGUAAUAGCUAACGAAAGUCUCAAAGCUGCCGAACCUGCCCUUCUAGCAGCCGCAGCUGCACUGGAUACUAUUUCCAAUGCGGAUAUUGCAACGGUUCGGAAGCUUGGAAAGCCUCCCUAUUUGAUUACGGUGAUCAUGGACGCUGUGUUGAUCUUGCUUCAGAAGCGAGUGUUGGCUGUGAAAGCGGAUGCAGAACGGCAGUUCCUGUUUACUUCCUGGGAGGCCUCACAAAAAUUGUUGGCAGAGGCAGGUCUUAUCGGCAAACUUCAGAAUUUUAAGAAAGAUUUGAUCAAUGCUGAGAUGAUCGAUCUGCUGAUUCCGUACUAUAAAUAUUCUUUGUAUACCAUUGAGGCAGCGAGGGCUGCUUGCGGAAAUGUUGCCGGAUUGCUCCAGUGGACUAUAGCUAUGGGAAAUUUCUUCGAAAUCAACAAAGAUGUGCUUCCGUUGAAGGCAAACCUAGCAAGGCAGGAGAAGAAAUCGAAAAUAGCACAAGCACAGCAAGCAGUGGCAGAGGAACAAUUACUGGCAAAGGAGGAAGAAUUGGCGCAGGUUCAGAAAGAGUUCAACGAAGCCAUGUCAAAGAAGCAAGCCGUCCUGGACGAUGCCAAGCUAUGUCAGGACAAGAUGGACGCUGCUACUGCUUUGAUCAAUGGGUUGGCAGAUGAGAGAAUCCGAUGGACCGAACAGUUAUCUCAGUUCAAGAGUGAAACAGACCGACUCGUUGGAGACGUAUUGAUUCUUACCGGUUUCCUUUCGUACACUGGACCGUUCAAUCAAGAAUAUCGAACUCUGCUGCAGAAAUCCUGGCAACAGGAGAUGCAGAAUCGCAAGAUCCCAGUGUCAUUGAAAAUAAACAUAAUGGAAAAUCUAUCGGAUGAUGCCACCAUUGGCGAAUGGAACCUUCAAGGGCUGCCAAACGAUGAGCUGUCAAUCCAGAAUGGUAUCAUUGUAACGCAAGCAGCUCGCUACCCGUUGCUAAUUGAUCCUCAAUCUCAGGGUAAAAUUUGGAUCAAACAGAAGGAAAGGGAGCAUGGCUUGAUAGUCACUUCGCUGGAACAUCGCUUCUUCAGGAAUCAUAUCGAAGAUUGCGUAUCGCAGGGAAUACCUUUGCUUAUCGAAGACGUUGGUGAAGAACUAGAUCCAAUCUUGGACAAUGUGCUUGAGAAGAACUUCAUAAAGAUGGGUAACACCUACAAGGUAAAGAUCGGCGACAAGGAGGUGGACGUACAUUCCGAUUUCCGGUUGUACAUUACUACGAAGCUCCCGAAUCCGGUGUAUACGCCGGAAAUCUCAGCGCGGACUUCAAUCAUUGACUUUACCGUGACGAUCAAAGGACUGGAGGAUCAACUGUUGGGUCGAGUUAUCCUCACGGAGAAAAGGGAACUGGAGUCGGAAAGAACGAACCUGAUCAAGGAUGUGACCGCUAAUCGAAGGAAGAUGCAGGAGUUGGAAGCGAAUCUGUUGCAUAAGCUGUCGACUACCGAAGGAAGCUUGGUCGACGAUGUGACGGUCAUUGCGGUGUUGAACACCAGCAAGACUACCUCGAUUGAAGUGCGGGAGAAGUUGAAGAUUGCACGUGAAACAGAAAUCAAGAUCAACAGGGCUCGAGAAGAGUAUCGACCGAUUGCUACUAGGGGAAGUGUGCUGUACUUCUUAAUCUGCAGUAUGUCGAUGGUAAACAAUAUGUACCAGACAUCACUGGUGCAGUUCCUGGAGCGAUUCGACAUUUCGAUGGCUCGUUCUGACAAGCACAUUGUGACUGCUCGUAGGAUCAGCAACAUAAACGAGUACCUGAUGUACGACAUCUUCCAAUACAUCUGCCGGGGUUUGUACGAGGUUCAUAAAUACCUGUUUGUUCUGUUGAUGGCCUUGAACAUCGACCUGGAGAAAAAGACCGUCACCCAUCAGGAGUUUCAGACUUUCAUUAAAGGUGGAGCUGCACUGGACAUCAACACCUGUCCGGAGAAACCUUACAAAUGGAUUGCCGAUAUUGCUUGGCUCAACUUGGUACAGCUCGCCUCGCUGUAUCAGUUCGAUGAAAUUUUGCAACAUGUAGAGAUGAACGAGAAAGGCUGGAAGAGCUGGUUUUCGAAGGAAGCUCCCGAGGAAGAGGUGAUCCCCAAUGGGUACCAGAAUAUGGAUGCUUUCCGAAAGCUAUUGUUGAUUCGAGCCUGGUGUCCGGAUCGAACUCUUUCUCAAAGUAGGAAAUAUCUCGCCAUGUCACUGGGGCCGAAAUUUGCCGAUCCAGUGAUCAUCAAUUACGACACUAUGCUGGAAGAAAGUCGACCGCUGACUCCGCUGGUGUGCUUCCUCUCGAUGGGAUCGGAUCCGACGCCUAGCAUUGAAUCCUUGGCGAAGAAGAAUGCUAUCAAAUGCCGGUCGAUUUCGAUGGGACAGGGUCAGGAGGUGCAUGCUCGGAAACUAAUUUCGGUUUCCUUAGAGGAAGGUUCCUGGGUUCUGUUGCAGAACUGCCAUCUAGGGUUGGAGUAUGUGAACGAGCUGAUGGUGUUGAUUAUGGAACUGGAGAAGACGGGAACGGGUUUUCAUCAGGAUUUCCGAGUAUGGGUUACAACCGAGCCGCAUCCACAGUUUCCGAUUACGUUCCUGCAGAUGUCGAUCAAGUUUACGAAUGAGCCUCCGUCGGGGGUGAAGGCAGGUCUGAAGCGAACCUAUGGAUCGAUGACGGUUGAGAUGUUUGAGUAUAGCGAAUCGCCGUUCUAUGUGCCGUUGGUUUUCGGCAUUUCGUUUUUGCACACCGUGGUGCAGGAGCGAAGGAAGUUCGGUCCUCUGGGAUGGAACAUUCCGUACGAGUUCAACUCGGCUGACUGGUUGGCGAGCUGCAUGUUCGUGCAGAAUCACCUGGACGGUUUGGAUCCGAAGCGUGGCAUUAGUUGGAAGACCGUGCGGUACAUGCUGGGCGAGGUGCAGUACGGGGGACGGGUCACGGAUGAUUAUGAUAAGCGACUGUUGAACACUUUUGCCAAGGUAUGGUUCUCGGACGCCAUGUUUCUGGAGGAGUUUAGCUUCUUCAGGGAGUACCGGAUCAUGAGGUUUAAAUCGUUGGAGGAGUACAUGGAGGCGAUCGAGCAGAUGCCGUUAGUCGAUCCUCCGCAGGUGUACGGAUUGCAUGCGAAUGCGGACAUUACGUACCAGAGCAAUACCACACAGGAGAUUCUGGAUACGAUCGUUUCGAUUCAGCCGAAAGAAUCCGCCGGCGGUGGUGGGGAGACCCGUGAAGCCACGGUGGCCCGACUAGUGAACGAUAUGCUGUCCAAAGUUCCCACCCCAUACGACCCGUACGCCGUGAAGGAACGUCUCAAGAUCAUGGGCCAUCUGGGAUCGAUGAACAUUUUCCUUCGACAGGAGAUCGACCGGAUCCAAAACAUCAUUCUUCUGGUGCGAACAACGCUGAAAGACCUAAUUCUGGCCAUAGAUGGUAUCAUCAUUAUGAACGAGCAGCUGCGGGAUGCCCUGGACAACAUAUACGACGCUCGAGUGCCGGAAAUCUGGAAACGUGGAAGUUGGGCAUCGGCUUCGCUGGGCUUCUGGUUCACGGAGCUAAUCGAGCGUAACAACCAAUUCUACACGUGGUGCUUCAAGGGUCGUCCGAAUAUGUUCUGGAUGACUGGGUUCUUCAAUCCACAAGGGUUUCUAACGGCUAUGCGACAGGAGGUCGCCAGAGCUCACAAAGGAUGGGCGUUGGAUGUCGUUACGCUGCACAACGAUGUGACCAAAAUGCUAACGGAAGAAUGUAAGCAACCUCCAAAUGAAGGGGUAUUCGUCUAUGGUUUGUACCUGGACGGAGCCGGUUGGGAUCGAAGGAACAACCGGCUGCAGGAAUCUAUCAACAAAGUUCUCUACACGGCCAUGCCAGUGAUCCACAUUUACGCAAUCAAUUCAACUGCCCCGAAGGAUCCCAAACUAUACGAAUGUCCCGUUUACAAGAAAUCCAACCGCACCGACCUGAACUACAUCACGCCUCUCUGGUUACCAACCCUGAAGGCACCGGAUCACUGGAUUUUGCGGGGAAUUGCAAUGCUAUGUGAUAUCAAAUAAAUUGCCUAGACCUGUAUACGUUUUUACAA